UUCUUUACAGGAAAAUGACUGAUCGCUGAGUCGGAUUAUCUGAAAAUAACAUCCUACGCGAACUGCAACAAUUUCAACGUUACCAUCCAGUGAUGGCUGAAGGAGGCAGUACAAGUGUCACAGACGUGUCAGUGACAGAAACCAUUACCCAGGAGUCGCCGCCAAGUCCAGCGCUGAGAUUAAAACUGAGGAAGCCAAAACCUGACAAGAAAGUAAAAUGGACUUCAGAAACUGUUGACAAUGAGGACAUGGGCAAGAAGAAGUCCAAAUGUUGUUGUGUCUAUGAAAAGCCGAGAUCGUUUGGAGAAUCAUCAUCAGAAGAUGAAGGUGACGAUGGAUGCUCGCAGCAUUGUCGAGGUCAUAAAAAGAAGUGCUACCAGGCUCACGGUCCAGAUGAUCACCAUGACGACGGGCCGGGUAUGUAUGGAGCUAUGAGAUAUCAGCUAGUGUGA